AUAAUUCUUGUAGGUGAUGGCUUGUUCCAGGCUUGUGAAUAAAGUUGCUGUUGUUACAGGAUCCUCUGCUGGAAUAGGAUUCUCAAUUGCUAAACGUCUUGCUUAUGAAGGAGCAAGUGUAGUGAUAUCAAGUAGAAAAGAUGAGAAUGUUCAGAAAGCAGUUAGUCUGUGUUUGGAUGAAGGACUUGAUGUAUCUGGAGUUGUUUGUAAUGUAUCAGAACCAGAAGACAGAGAAAACCUAGCUAAGCAUGUCAAUGAAAAGUAUGGCAAAAUGGACAUUCUUGUUAGUAAUGUUGGAACCAACCCCCACUUUGGACCUGUCAAUAUGUGUGAUGAGAAAACAUGGGGUAAAAUUUUCUACAACAAUGUGACAUGCAGUGCACUCCUUGCUGCAAAGUUCACUCCAUUUUUAGCUCAAUCUGGUAAUGGAAACAUUGUUUUUGUAUCUUCGGUUUCUGGAUUCUGUCCCAUGCCCUUUAUUGGAGCCUAUUCUGUUAGUAAAGCAGCUUUAAUGUCCCUCACAAAAGCUUUAUCCGUGGAGCUUGCGUCCGCUAAUGUCAGAGUAAACUGUAUAGCUCCUGGUAUAAUUGAAACCGAUUUCAGUUCUGCUCUUACAAGCAAUCCAGAAAUUUUGAAAAAGACCCUUAAUAAUGUACCAAUGCGGAGGGUAGGAAAACCAGAUGAAUGUGCGGGAGCUGUUGCCUUUUUAGUUUCUGAUGAUGCCAGCUAUAUAACUGGAGAAACUGUCAAAAUGGAUGGUGGAAUUCCGGUCAGAUUUUAGAUUUCAGUUGAGAGAUUCCUAAAAUUAAGUUAUGUGAAAUUAAUAACUGCAAUUAUUAGUAUGUAUAUUGGAUGUAAUGCAUACAACUCCUACUUUAUGUGAUUACAUCAAGUGAUUAAAUUAAAGAUUUAUGUAUCCUUUAAUUAGAUACUUUAAUAUCAAAGAUAUAUGUAGGUUGUUUUUAAUUUAUAUGCUUGAAAGCAAUAACUUUAUAAUUUGUUUUUUAAUUUUACUGUGAUUAUCUAUUUUCAA